AUGACUGGCGGCGGCAAGUCUGGCGGCAAGGCCUCUGGUUCCAAGAACGCGCAAUCGCGUUCUUCCAAGGCUGGUCUCGCAUUCCCUGUUGGUCGUGUCCACCGUCUUCUCCGAAAGGGCAACUACGCCCAGCGUGUCGGUGCUGGUGCUCCUGUCUACCUCGCUGCCGUACUCGAGUACCUCGCUGCCGAAAUCCUCGAGUUGGCCGGUAACGCUGCCCGCGACAACAAGAAGACCCGUAUCAUCCCCCGUCAUCUUCAGCUUGCUAUCCGAAACGAUGAGGAGUUGAACAAGCUCUUGGGUCAUGUCACCAUCGCCCAGGGUGGUGUCCUCCCCAACAUCCACCAGAACCUUCUGCCUAAGAAGACUGGUAAGACUGGUAAGAACGCUAGCCAGGAGCUGUAA